AUGAGUGAAAAUACCAAUAUCUAUGGCUUCCAACCCAGUGUUGGAGCUGCAGUCGUGGCAGCCCUUCUAUUCGGAGGCAGCAGUCUGCUGCAUUGCUACCAGACCUGGAGACACCGAGGCCGCUUCUUUCUCGUCUUCAUCAUUGGCGCCAUCAUGAUGACUAUUGGAUAUAUCACCCGGUGCAUAUCCGCCGAGUCGCCGUCCCAGCUGGGCCCUUACAUCGUGCAAUACAUCUGCAUCCUCCUCCCUCCCUCUCUAUAUGCCGCCUCGAUCUAUAUGCUGUACGGUCGGAUUGUCCUCCUCGUGAGCCAGCCUCAGCUCUCUAUCAUUGCCCCAACCAAGGUCACCACAGUCUUUGUCUUGGGCGACACUCUCUCAUUCCUGACCCAGCUUGGCGGAGGUUCGAUGAUGUGCUCGGCUUCCACCGAAGAGACCGGUCAGAAAGUCCUGAUCGCAGGUCUGAUCAUUCAACUCCUCUCGUUCGGACUAUUCUUUGUUACUGCCAUAAUCUUCGAAAUGCGCUUGCGUAGAUUGAUGUUGUUUCGCAACCGAACGGCGUGGCGCACACUGCUCUACUUCUGCUUCGUGGCAGCUGCCCUGAUCAUCCUACGCUGUGUCUAUCGAGUGAUCGAAGCGACGCAAGGAUCAAGAGGGUUUUUGUCCACCCAUGAGGCCUAUAUCUAUUGUUUUGACGCGUUACCGAUGUUUCUUGUGCAGGGGAUAUUUCAUUUCUGUGCUCCUGGGAAGGCAUUGAGGACGGGCGGUGGGAGUGCGAAGGCCAGCUAUGAGAAUACGGAUGAGCUGAACUGA